GGCUGGAGGCCCUGGUGCACUCAUUCCAGCCAUUCUCUCUAAUAACUAACUAAAUUAAUUAAUUUUUUUUUUUAAGGAAGAAGAAGAAGGAAAGAAGAGAGUGCAGAGAGCUCCUGCUCAUGGGAAGGCAAGAGCAGUAAAGCCCACCGAGAGACCCAGAUUGGGGUCUUGUUAUAGGUUCUGAUUGGGGGCUGAGCUAACCAACCUGGAUGUACCUCUAGGAAAGGGAACUCAUUCCUAGGGAGGGUCUCUGGCUGAGUUAAAGGGAAACCAGAUCUAGGAAACUCCUUUAGGCAAGCAAGAGAUAAGGAGAAGCCAGAUCCUCCUCUAGCCAAGUGAAGACUGCAAGGACAAAUUCAAGAACAUUCCCUGCUUUUACUUCCUGGGGGCCCUGAUGGCCCUACACUGCCUCGCAUUGAUAUCUCAAACUUUGAGAAGAGCCCAAAAUAUGCCAAAAGCAUGAACCCUAGAGCAUGAUUCACCCUCCCAUGAUGUCCUGAUAAUUGUCUUAACAAAUUCAGCUUGCUUCCCCUGGGCUGGAGAUCUAUGGGGCCGAAUUCCAGAGAUGUCUCAGGAUUCGCCUGCUUUAGGAAAGGCCUGCCCCUGGCAAAUGGCCGUGGUCUUGGUGUGUUUCCAUAACCACGUCUUGAAAUCUUCUUGCCGUGGUCCAUUCUGAUGGAUGGCUCCCACCUCCGUGAAAGUGGAGGAUGAUCUUGCUUUGCGCGGGACAACUGUGAAGGGAGUGUGUGGGAAGAGAGAACCUCCUAGCAUGUCGCCUCCAAACCAGUCCAUAGAAGGCUUUGCCCAGGAGGCUUCCAAUAGAUCCUUGAAUGCUACUGGGACCCCAGGGACUUGGGACCCAGCGGUCCUCCAGGCCCUCAAGCUCUCCCUUGUGGUCGUCCUUUCUGUCAUCACGCUGGCCACUGUCCUCUCCAACUCCUUUGUGCUUACCACCAUUCUUCUCACCAAGAAGCUCCACACCCCAGCCAACUAUCUCAUCGGCUCCCUGGCUACCACUGACCUCCUGGUCUCCAUCUUGGUCAUGCCCAUCAGCAUCGCCUACACCACCACCCACACCUGGAACUUUGGCCAAGUCUUGUGUGACAUCUGGGUGUCAUCUGACAUCACAUGCUGCACGGCCUCCAUCCUGCACCUGUGCGUCAUUGCCCUGGACAGGUACUGGGCCAUCACAGACGCCCUGGAGUACAGCAAACGCCGGACCGCGGGCCAUGCCGCAGCCAUGAUUGCAGCCGUUUGGAUCAUCUCCAUCUGUAUCUCCAUCCCUCCGCUCUUCUGGCGGCAGGCCACGGCUCACGAGGAGAUGUCCGACUGCCUGGUGAACACGUCCCAGAUCUCCUACACCAUCUACUCCACCUGCGGGGCCUUCUACAUCCCAUCUGUCCUGCUCAUCAUCCUCUACGGCCGCAUCUACGUGGCCGCCCGCAGCCGCAUCCUGAAGCCACCUUCCCUGUACGGGAAGCGCUUCACCACGGCCCAGCUCAUCACGGGCUCGGCCGGCUCCUCGCUCUGCUCGCUCGAUCCCAGCCUCCACGAGAGCCACUCGCACACAGCCGGCUCCCCGCUCUUUUUCAAUCACGUGAAAAUCAAGCUGGCCGAUAGCAUCCUGGAACGUAAGAGGAUUUCUGCCGCGCGGGAGAGGAAAGCCACCAAGACCCUGGGGAUCAUUUUGGGGGCCUUUAUCGUCUGCUGGCUGCCCUUCUUCGUGGCCUCUCUGGUCCUUCCGAUCUGUAGGGACGCCUGCUGGAUCCACCCGGCCCUCUUUGACUUCUUCACCUGGCUGGGCUAUUUAAACUCCCUCAUUAAUCCCAUCAUCUACACUGUGUUCAAUGAAGACUUCCGGCAAGCAUUUCAGAAGGUUGUCCAUUUCCGGAAGGCUUCCUAGUCGGAUUUGGGAGGGGUUCUUUCUGUUGUCCUGUGACCUAACUGGGGUUACCCUUUCCGUUUCACUCAAGAACUGGAUUGAUUCAUGACAUCUUAGGUCUUGGGUCAAUUAACAGUCGUCCUGUGGCUGUUGCUGGUGUCUUCAACUUCUGAGCCUAAAAGCUGGGCCAUGGCAUGAAAGGGGACGGCACUGAGGACAUCCCUUAACAUGAUAUUUUCGUAGUUCUCUGGGGUGGAAGAAGCAUGCACUGCAGGAUUGAGAUGAGACACUGUCUAAUUCUUUCUAGUCUGCCUGGGACUUAUAGGGGGCUAUGGAGGAUGGACAAAAUUAAUAAUCAAAAUUAAGGAGAAUUUGGAGUCAGAAUGGAGGGGUCUCCAUCUUACUAUAUCUCCUUAAAUACAAGUAACACCCAGUAAUUUAUCCACUGGGUCUUCCAAUACACCAAAUUGCUCCCAGUUGUCUAGGAGGAGAGAGGCAUCUAUGACAUGGGGUAACCUGGAGGGUGAUUCAGAAGUGUCAGCCAGGAAAAGGGACAUUUGGGAUCAGCUAGACUAUCCUGCUCCCUCUUUCUUCCCAAUAUUCCUGCACCGUCUUAAUAUUCUGAUAAUUAAUAUCCAUUAUCACCUCGCUCAAGGAGGCCAACAAGUGUUGGACUACCAAAGUUUUGAGUGAGAUAACAUUCUGUAUUCUUUUUCAGAAUUAUUUUCCUUCAUGUCUCAUUCUCAUUAGAGUUCUUAAGAUAUUAAGUCUUACCAAAUAAAAAGCAUGAGGCAUCAUGA